CAUCACCUUCACUUUCUUCACCCUCCAAAAUGCAAGCGCAAGUCGACUACGACACAGGUCCUGUGCGUACCUGGGACGGCCCAGUGCCUCCAGCUCAAGGCGCAGAUCCCAACGACCAUCUACAAUACAUGCGACUGGCCCUUGAUCAAGCCCAAGAAUCACCACCAAAACCAUCAAACUUCCGUGUUGGCGCCUUGUUAGUCGAUGCAGAUACCGGGGCCAUCCUUUCUCGCGGCUACACUCUAGAGUGCGAAGGAAACACGCAUGCAGAGCAAUGUUGUCUCCUGAAGCUCGCCCAAGCACAUGGUCUGCCUGAAGAGCGAGUUGGCGAAGCUUUGCCGUCAAACACUGUCAUCUACACUACCAUGGAGCCUUGUAACCUUCGGUUAAGUGGCAACCUACCCUGUGCGGAUCGUAUCAUUCGCACAAGGGGGACGAAUGGAGAGCAGAAGAUUAAAAAGGUGUAUCUAGGGGUCAAAGAGCCGGAGAAGUUUGUUGGCGAGAACGAGGGGCGGAAGAAGCUGGAGGAGCAUGGUAUCGAAUGUAUACAUGUACCUGGGUUGGAAGAGAGGAUAUUGAGUGUUGCUACUGCUGGCCAUGAGCAGUAAGAGUGGCCGAUUUGGGAAUGGUAUUAAAGAUAUAGACGUAGAACCUAACAAUUGAAAUAGGUGCAAACGACGCGCAGAUUACACAGCAUCGACCCUCAACUGUCGUUUUGCUUCUCUCUUUGAUCUCUUGCUCCUACGCUCUCAAGUUCUCCAACUCCAUAUCCGCGA